GCUCGUCACAUGCAUGAAGAAAUUCCCGAGUUCAGCGGAAGGGAAGUAUAAAUAAUAAAGCAAGGCUGCUCGCACUACCCCAUUGACGCCCUGCAUAGGUCUCUUUCUUCUCUCUCUGGCCGAUCCUUUGUGGGCACGUUCAUCAGUCGUGGAAGAGAACCUGUAUACGUUGGGGAAACGACGGCAGCCGGGACGGGCUCACCGGUGUAAAGCACCUCAAGGCCGUCCUCUCGGCGACGCUGCGCUAUGGCCGCCGUUGCCUCUGCGCUCCACUCGCCAUGUCCGUCGCACCCGCCGAGAUGGAUCUGAAUGAGAUAAAAGAAAAUGCAUGUGCUAUUAAUUUUACUGAAAUGAAGGAAUACAUCAUGUCCUUCCCUAGCAAAACCAAGUUAGUGAAUAUCCAUGACACAACCUUGACACGUCGAGAUUUGGAAUGUCUUUUAGAAGAUGAGAUAUGGGUGGAGAGCGAGGUCAUAAAUGCAUAUAUUUACUGUCUAAGGGUCCAGGAUAAAUUUUGUACAGCGGGUGCACGUGUAUUCUUGGAAACUACAUAUGAUUCAGGAAUACUUAAGCGAGAUGGUGAAAUUCCUAUAAGCCUUGAGAGUCAUCACCACAUCGUUGAAAAGGUGCUUAAGUAUCUACAGCAUGACAUGUUGUUCAUUCCAAUCAAUAUGAACCAAACGCAUUGGUAUCUAUCUGUUGUCAAUAUCGAACAACGCGAGAUACAAGUACUCGAUUCUUUUGGUUCUCGAAUGAGCCGAGCUGAUCUACAACUUACGCUUCAGGGGCUUGAGGCGCAUCUAAAGAUUGCUUCUAAGAUGAAUGGGUUUAACCUAGGUACUUGGCCAGAUAUUGAUGUAACUAGAUGGACUAUAAAAGAGUAUAUUCAAGAUCGAAUUCAAUCUGAUGGAUCAUCUUGCGGCUUGUUCAUGCUACAAUUCAUUGAAUACUGGACAGGACACAAACUGUCACAUCCUGUUACACAGGAAGAUGUCAAACCCUUCAGGCAAAAAGUAGCAAUCAUUCUCCAUGAAUCAGAUCUGAACAAUAUAAAAGGAACUCCUGAGUACCAUAAUCCAGCAGACGAUAUAAUAGAUACUGACGGUGUUGAAAUAUUGGACCCGCCACCUGCCAUGGUUGUUCUGAGAAUGCCACUUAAUAAAAAUGAGCUACUUUGCAAACUUCGAGGUCAUAUCAUGUCCAUUCAUAAUGCAGAUUCCCGAGAGAAAGAAUGGAUCCGUAGCUCCAAGCCCUACCCACUAAGUAUAAGUCUUAGACAACUACAAGACUUACUAAAGAAUACACGGGCUAUUGAUGUCGACAGUUUUAACAUGGUUGUUCGAGUAAAUGCUACAGACGACAUUCAAUGGGCUAAAGACACUCCAUAUCACUAUAUGGAUCUCAGAUUUUCUAUGAUACUAAAUGACUCUACACAAGAUCCAAAACUCCGUUUACCAUUUGAUGCCCAACGCUACAUUAUUGCAAAACUAUUUCAUUGUUGGCCUGAUAUGUGCUUUGACGUCUCGGUGUGCAAGUUGAUUUUGUUGCCGUUUUGUACAACCGGUUGCUUCAUCCUCUUCCUGUUCGACCUAUUGGAUAGAACAAUCACUAUACUCGACCCUCUUCCCCUAUCGGAUGCAUGGAAAAAGAAUCCUUCACAGAAGGACAUAUUUAAGAUUCAAUGUAUUUCAUUCCAUCUAAACAUAGCAUUACAAGAUGCAAUUCCUGGCUGGAAUGAUGAUGUUUUUAGAUGGCGUCGCAUCAUACCAAUUGGAGUUCCAAAAAACCCAAACAGCAAUAUGUCUGGGUUUUUAGUUUUAAAGAUUAUGCGCACGUGGCAUGAUCAUGAACAUGGAUUACCAGUUGUCCCGGACGAUUAUGACCUACGGAAUCAGGUGUUGGUACACUUGCUGUCGUACAAGGACAAUGAAUGCGUAGAAAAUAUUCCACAAGUCGUGCGUGAUUUGGUGAAGAGAAUUGGGAUAAACUUUUUUUAGUCGGAGAAUCAUAUGUGUUAUUUUAUUACAAGUCCUAGAUCAAUUCUUCUCUGACUAUGAUUUUCCUUGCAAUUUACGCAAGAUCAGGCUACUACUUAUCACGAGAUGUAAGCAACUAAACAAAAUAAGGCUACUACUUAGUAAAUGGGGAAUUUGGCGGAAGAUGUUAGUUUACCUG